CUCAUUAUUUAUAGACACUAUACUCUAACCUAAAACUAUCCCUGAACAUAAAAACUAAUUCCUUCCUCUGCACCCGUCCCCGCCACCGCUUCGCAUCCCGUCACCGCUCCUUCUCCGCUGCCGGAAAACCUCUCUACUGUUUGCCUCCUUCGCUACCAGAGCCACCGCUUCCGCCUACUCUCCGGAGCCACCGCUGCCGCCUGCUCUCCUCCAUAAUUCAUGGAAACAACAAGUGAAUUAGUUUCUCCACCUCAUCCUUGGCUUGCUAUUCGUUAUGCUAAGGACGAAACGUAUACAAAAGAGGGAAAUAUUUUGUUCAACGUAUCCGAAAAUAAAUGUUACAAAGGUAUCAUCUCAGAUGUGCAAGAUAAAGUGAUAUGCACUAGUUUUGGAGGAUGGUUUAUGUUGAAAGAUGAUAGCGAGUCAAAAGAUUAUUAUCUUUUGAAUCCUAUAUCAACGAAGAAACUUGAGCUUCCGUCCUUAGAAUGUGAUGCAGACGAUAUUUUUUUUAUUUUAUCAUCGUCUCCGUUAAAUUCUAAUUGUUAUGUCUUGUGUAUUAGUAAUACGGAGAAGGCGAUAUGGUUUUGUCGACCAGGUGAUGAGAAAUUUAUCAAGCAAGAAACUUUUGAUUUGUUGUGCUCUCCAGUAAUGUUUCAAGGAAAGUUGUACUGUACAACCAUAUUCUAUCAAUUAGUAGUUAUAGAUUUUAAAGGGUCGGAGCUUGAAUUCUCCACAAUUAAUACGGAGCAUGAUCAAUUUGAUGUUUAUGGUGGUACAUUAUUUUCAAGAAUGACGAACCGGAACUAUUUGAUUGAAUUUCAUGGCGAGCUCUUAUAUGUUUCUGCGGUUUACUAUGGGUUUUAUAAUAAUGACGUGGCAACAUUUAUCGUUUCUAAAUUCGACUUGUCAAGGAAUCGGUGGAUGAAAAUGGAUAGCAUUGGAGACUGGACAAUAUUUCUCUCUUUUCAAAGGGGAACAUGUUGCAUUGCAGAAGAAACAUCAAAUGUGAAGAAGAACUCAAUUUAUUUUGUGAAUAAGUCGGAUGAUAGAUGUUUAUAUGUUUAUGAUAUAGAAGACAAUAGUUUGUCAAUGUCUUUAUCUUGUGACGUACAUGUGUCGGAAUUUGAAUGGGUAAGCUUCGCUGAUCAUUGAAGUUCAUCUAUUAAAUAAUGUAAUACAAGUUAUUUCUUUUUAUAAACAUGUUUGAUUUUCUUUAGUAUGUUUAGUAACUUAUUUAUGAAUCAGAUUUAAAUAUAUAUUUUUAUCUUA